UGGCCAGUGUUUCCAGCGCUGCGAGGGCUGCGCGAAUGCGACGCUGUCAAUCGAUGCGUGUGGAAUUUGCGGUGGCGACCACACGAGUUGUGGCGGAUGCGACGGCAUGGGUUCGGUUGUCGAUGCCUGCGGCGUGUGUAACGGGACUGGUGACUGUGUGGUGUCGUGCAAUGCGACGCUCGGGCCGGAGUUUGUUUUCGACUGCGCGGGCGUUUGCGGCGGGACAGCGCUCGUUGAUGCAUGCGGCAUGUGCACUGGCGGAAGUACAGGCAUCACACCCAACGUGUUCCUGGAUGCGUGUGGUGUGUGCUUUGGCGGCAACGCUGGGCUUGACUCGUGCGGAGUGUGUGGCGGGUUGAAUGCCGACAAGGACGCGUGCCAGAUCUGCUACGGCGAGAACGCCGCGCUUGACGCGUGCGGCAUCUGCUUUGGCUCGGGCCGGUUUGUCGAUGCGUGCGGUGUGUGCUUUGGCAACUCGUCGUCGUGCGCGGGCUGCGACAUGGUGCCCAACUCGGGCCUCGAGCUCGACGCGUGCGGAGUGUGCGGCGGGCAGUCGACGUGCACAUCGACAGACAGUGAUGCGGCGAAGAGGCGCAAGCAGUUCUCCAUCCUUGUUACGGGUGUCUCGGCAGUCUCUGCUGUCGUGCUGGCUCUCUGCCUCGCUGCGCUCUUGCGCUGUAAGAGACAGCACUCGCGCCGCAAGUACGUGGCGAUGCGCAAGGCAAGCCAGGCCGCAAUUGCGCCAUCGGGUCGAGUCGCCAUUCUUAUCUCGGACGUCCAGUCGUCAACGAUGCUGUGGGAGAGUUAUUCAAGCGACAUGAUGGUGGCCAUCGAAGAGCACGACCGGAUUUUCCGGCAAGCACUGGACAAGUUCCGCGGGUACGUUAUCCGGACCGAGGGUGACUCGUAUGUGGUGGCGUUCCAGGACACCGAGGACGCGCUGAAUGCUGCUGUCCAGAUCCAACACGACCUGAUGGAUGCACUCUGGCCGCCGGCGAUCCUGCACGACAAGCGGCUCCCUUCCGACGCCAGAGACAGCCCGGAUGCUCUGUGGCACGGCCUGCGGGUCCGGAUGGGCAUUGCUGUCUGUCAGCCAACGCUUACCUUUGACGAGCGAACGCUGCGGUUUACGUAUUCGGGUCAGGCCAUGGCAUACGCGCAGACUGUUGGUGACUCGGGUACCGGUGGGCAGGUGGUGGUCGACGCCGAGGUGGCCGCGAUUGCGCCAAACCGUGUCGACCGUCUUGGCGUCUUUGCCGACGCGCUUUCGCAUCGGUUCGAGUUGUUCCAGGCAAGGCUUGGGAAGCUCUCAGGCCGCAAGUACAACAAGAAGCUGCGCGGACUGACCCGGGCAGACCCUUAG